CCCAUUAUCAUAGUCUCGUAGUGGAUGUUCGCUUCCACUUCCAGCAAUAAAGCGAGAAUCCCCUGCUUCCGACCACCCUUCCUUCCACCGGAAUUGUUUAUUCUAUAAUACCGCCAACGGCCAGCCAAUUUGACCUCUUACUUUCUCUGACCCAUGCCUUUUUUGUACUCACAUGCCCACCAUUCCCAAUUCAUUAAUCAAUCCACCAUCCCCUGAAAAACCCACCCACAACCAUGGCGAUGGCGAUCGCCUUACUCCUUCUCACCUCCGCCGCCGCCGCAGCACCAAUAGCUUCUUCUUCUACGACACCAGAAACACGGUGCCCAUUCGACCUAAGCUACGUCCGCACAAUCCCAUGGGACACUUCCCUCUGCCAGCGACCCGCCGCCGCCCCGCACUGCUGCCAGACCCUCACCAGCCUCUUCGGCAUCGGGAUGUCCCAGCACCUCCGCCAGACCUCCGUCUUCGAGCUCCCCAACGCCAACGUCUCCGCCGCCUGCCUCGCCGACCUCCGGACCAACCUCGCCGCCAUCUCGAUCGACCCUUCCUUCGUCCCUCUCUGCUUCAACGACUCCAAUCAGUUCGUCUCCAGUCCUUCCAGCUGCGUCGGGAUCAUCACCGCCGCCGAUUGGAUCAGUAGGGUCGGACCCAUCACCCCGCUGGAUGCUAAUUGCAGAGGCGACCUCUCGUCGGGGCUGACCCGCUGCAGCGCUUGCUUCAACGCCGGGUUGCAGGUGAACUCUCAGCUCAGUAGCCUCAUGCCCAAUUCGACUUCCAAGUGUUUCCACUUCACUUGUAUGUAUGCUGUUGCUAUGGUGAACGAGCGUGGUCCUCUCGAUGCCAAGACAUCGGGUUGUAUUCUGGCGUUGCCGCUGAAAAGCUCCGUUGGUGAAAACCCUAAUCAGGGCAAACAUGGGAAAAGAAACGAAUUAGGGCUUGUUUUGGGGGUUAUCGGUGGUGUUGUUGGUGUUGUAAUUGCUGCCGUUUUGAUUGUGGUGUUUUGGCGGAAGAGGCGAAAGAGGAAGCACGAUGAGGCUUCCCAUGAGCAAUUUGUCAGCAGUUUCAAAUCUGCUGUGCUGCCGAAUUCCGGAGCUAAGUGGUUUCAGGCGUCGGAGCUUGAAAAGGCUACAGAUGGGUUCUCACAGAGGAAUUUCCUGGGGAAAGGGGCUUUUGGUGUUGUGUACAAAGGGGUUCUUGCAGAUGGCAGGUUGAUUGCUGUGAAGGAAAUGCACGAUCCUGAUUCUCUGAGGGAUGAGGAGUUCUCUAAUGAAGUUGAGAUCAUCAGCAAAAUCAGGCACAGGAAUCUGCUCGCGCUGCGAGGGUGCUGCGUUGCUAGUGACGCGGUCAGAGGGAGGAGGAGGUCGAAUGGAAGUCUCGGUGAUCAUCUAGCCAAUGACAAGAAUAGAAUUCAGUUGAGUUGGCCUCACAGGAAGAGAAUCCUCCUCGACGUUGCCAAAGGACUUGCAUACCUUCACCACGGGAUCAAACCCGCCAUUUAUCACCGCGACAUUAAGGCCAACAACAUACUGCUGGACAAUGAAAUGAAAGCCAAGGUCGCUGAUUUCGGGCUUGCAAAGCAGAGCUUGGAAGGUCAGUCUCACGUUACGACGAGGGUGGCUGGAACCCACGGUUAUUUAGCACCGGAGUAUGCGUUGUAUGGACAGCUGACGGAGAAGAGCGAUGUGUACAGCUUCGGGGUUGUGAUUCUCGAAGUCAUCAGUGGAAGGAAGGUUAUCGAUUCGUCGAGCUCGUCGUUUCUUUUGAUCACGGACUGGGCAUGGAUGUUGUUGAAAUCCGGGAAGGUAGAGGAGAUCUACGAUGAGGCGAUACGAGAGGAAGGUGCUAAGGAUGUGAUGGAGAGGUUUGUUCUUGUUGGAAUGCUGUGUGCUCAUGUAAUGGUGGGGUUCAGGCCGACGAUUGCUGAUGCUUUGAAGAUGCUGGAAGGUGACAUUGAUGUUCCUAAGUUGCCUGACAGGCCAUCGCCACUGAGUCACGAAUCAUUUCGGCAUUCUGCUAAGAGCUCGCUUUAUGGUUCGUCUGUAGGCAGCGAGAGGUCGAAAGCUUCCAACACCUCCAUCUCCAUCUCCAGCUCAAGUACCGUAUCUUGA